CAUGAUAUCAUGACAACGAAAUUGUGUAAUGAGAAACAAAAGUCAUCCAACCUUGAAUAUAACAGACAUACUUGGAAAACUAUGAAGGACUAUGGCAGGCAGUCUCGCAUUAUAAUUUGCCAGUAAAUCAGCAUGCACCAAGAGCAGCGACCAGCAUGUGGCGCCAUAACAGAAAAACUACGAGUCCCAUAACCCUCAGACAUUUAUAAAAGUGAAUCUCUUAGAAACGCGCUCGUGUUGCACACAGUGUAAUUUGACAUUUUGUGGUGUUAAACUUCAACUCCCUUAAUUGAUAAAAGGAAAUAAAAGAAGAAACCAUCAUUACAAGUAUUCAACAUGCCAGCCAUUGUUAUGAUCAGUUAUACAGUUGUGACUGGUUAACACUUGUACACUGUAAAAGAAACUCAGAAAAUAAAAACGAGAGAGAAAAAAAAAAAAACAUAUCUGAAGUGAGAACUUGUAAUAACAGUUAGAAAAUAACUUGGUUUCAGUACUGUCAAUUAGCUUAUCUUAGCUCUGUAAUGCUUCCCAAAACCAGUCCUCUGGGAUUAAGAGCCACUACUCAACCUUAAUUGAAAGCCAAGAAACUAAAUAAGGCCAUGUCAGAUGCCACCUGGGCAGCUGGUGGCGAGUACAUACCGGCAGUGAGCAUUAGGCAUGGAAGAAGAAGAGCACUGCAGUAGUUUGUAGCACUGAGAUAAAUGCUGCACGUGGCUCGUCUAGGGAGGAGUACCUGAAAAACUGUGGGACGUUCGCAGGGAAAACAGGCGAAUCACCUGACAGUCACGAACACCAACGCGAACCAAGCGAGCAACAAGAACAUGAGGAACGAAAAAAACUCCCCGAACGGAGAGCCUAACGCGUUCGGGAGUUUGCAACAAAACGACACGAGGAAACGAAAACACAAGAAAAGGGAGAAUAAACCCAGACCGUUACGACGCCGUGGGACUGCGACCGUGGCACAAAGGUAGGAUAAGUAACUCACGACAUCAGAAGAGUUAUCUGGUCAACGGCCAACCGGAACAGACCCCAGAAAGGACCGUGGACGUAUGAAAACAGCGGGGGAACGGUAGGCCAGGUAAGGAGAAGCACGAGGAACCUGGCAAGGAAAAGAAGCGACCGGGAAUAGCGACAUGUGAAUCGCUAAAAC